UGUGUUUCGGGGCCCAGUCCACACCUUCAGAGAUGUACCAGAGUUUAGCCAUGGCAGCCAACCAUGGCCCGCCAGCAUACGAGGGGACCAGUAGUUUUAUGCACAGCACAGCAGCAGCUUCUCCGGUCUAUAUCCCUACCACAAGGGUCACCACCAUGAUCCCCAGUCUGCCAUACCUCCAGGGAAGUGGGUCGUCCCAGCAAGGCAGUCCUGUCUCCAACCACUCCAUCUGGACUCCGCCUGGGGCCGAAACUGUUGCGUACAACCCGGGAUCCUCUCACCCCUCGGUGUCCCCCAGGUUCUCCUUUGCCACCAGUAGCCCCAUCCCGGCCACCACCUCCAGGGAGGCGGCAGCCUAUAGUAGUUCACUCAGUAUCUCGGCCAACAGCAGAGAACAGUACGCCAGGAGUUUCAGUGGAUCCUAUUCCAGCCCCUACCCUGCACCUUACAUGAGCCCAGAGCUGGGCACAACCUGGACUUCCUCCCCCUUUGACAACCCCAUGCUGCACAACUUCCAGAAUCGGGGCACGCCGGGAGCUUCGAGACACACCAACUUAGAGUUUUUUGAUGAUUAUUCUGAAGGUCGCGAAUGUGUCAACUGUGGGGCCAUGUCGACCCCGCUGUGGAGGAGAGAUGGCACCGGCCACUAUCUGUGCAAUGCCUGCGGGCUGUACCACAAGAUGAAUGGCAUUAACCGACCCCUAAUCAAGCCCCAGAGGAGGCUGUCAGCCUCCCGUAGGGUUGGGCUCUCAUGUGCCAACUGCCAUACAAGUACGACCACACUGUGGCGCCGGAAUGCUGAAGGCGAGCCAGUCUGUAAUGCCUGCGGCUUGUACAUGAAGCUCCAUGGGGUCCCAAGGCCCUUAGCAAUGAGAAAAGAGGGGAUCCAAACCAGGAAGCGUAAGCCAAAGAACUUAAACAAAUCCAAGACAUCAGCAGGGUCAGCCAAUACCGAAAGCCUUACCUCAACCAUUAGUUCUGCCACCUGCACCAGCACCACAACUACCACGGCUGCUGAAGAAAUGCGCCCCAUCAAGACAGAACCAGGGAUUUCAUCUCAUUAUGGGCAUCCGAGCCCACUUUCCCAGCCAUUCGCCAUCACCACAAUGCCCGGGCACGGAUCUGGUCUGCAUCCUGCCAUCUCGACCCUAAAACUUUCUCCGCAGGGUUACCAGCCAGGUAUCGGCCAGUCUCCCCAGCCUAACUCCAAGCAAGACUCCUGGAACACCCUGGGUUUAGGUGAAAACCAUGGAGACAUCCUAACAGCAUAACCAUCUUCCGCUCUCUAUGGACUUGGGGCUCAUCGGCUCAGGAUACAAGACAAUAUUAAAUAAUCAAGCUCCAGUGGGGUGCUUCCUUACCUCACCCAACCCUUUUGAGGGAUGUAGAUUCUGAUCCUAGUAGAACCAUUCCAAAUUAUGCUUUGAAAAGGGAAGGAGUUUCCCUUGAAUCAACCUCCAUGAAGA